AAGAAGCGAAGACAAUGGUGGAGAUGGUCUGAAGAAGUGAUCCCUUCCCUCAUCAGUCCUUACCUUGGCUACAUCCGGCAAUCGGCUUCGUUGCAAUCCAUCCCCGACCUCGGUUGCUCCACUGGGGGUGACUCGCAUUGCAGUGGAUUGUGUUGCCCGCGAUCGCUGGCGGUCACUUGUGUACUCUUUGAUUGUGUGUUUUUUGUCAAUAUUUCCUGCUGCGAGUGCUCCCUGGCACCACUCCAACUAGUGACACGUGGAUUAAUUGUAUGCGCUCCCAUCGCCCCAUCCCUUGCGGUGGACAUCCAUGUUUUGGAGCUGGUAAAAAAACACUUGUUUGUACGGAUGACCCCAAACUCAACUGCAUGGUGUGAGGUGCUGGAAUUUUUUUUGAAUGAGCGAGGUUAUAAUUUGAACACCAAGGACAGUCUUAGAUGCCGGUUUAGCAACGCAUAUCACUGGUACACCGUACUG